CCCGUUUAUAAGAUCACGGCUGAGUCCUGCAUCAGCUUCUCCGAAGAGUUAUUGUGGAGCUUGAAAAGAUAGGCUUCCGUGUCAUUGCUGUUGUCACUGACAACAACUCCAUCAAUCGCAAAGCCAUGUCUUUCUUUGUGAAUCCUUCGAGAUUGGACAUUGUCUUCCCACAUCCAUCUGACAGCAGUCGACCGCUCUUUUACAUCGUGGACUCCGUUCAUUUGCUGAAAUGCAUACGCAACAACUGGGUCAACCAAAAAAAUCAUGGGAGGGUCAUGUAUCACCCUUUUUUUCAUCAUGUGCUCGAAGGCGCUCCCACACCUAUGCUCUCUGCAAGUUUCAACACCCUGUGCAAACUUCAUUCAUCUGAACAAGGAGAAUUGAUAAAGCUGAGCCACGGAUUGACCAUGAAAGCACUGAACCCAUCCAACUUGGAACGACAGAACGUAAAGUUGGCACUGCAAGUCUUCAGCAGUUUUGUGGUGGAAGCGUUGAGGCAGCGUAGCGACAGACUUGAAAAUGCCGAUGAGACUGCCGAAUUUGUGGACAUAAUAGUGAGAUGGUGGUCAGUUGUAAACGUGAAGACUCCCAGAAAGGGCCACAGACUCCGUGAUCCCCUCCAACAGCCAGUGACUUCGAUGACUGAGCCCCAGAUUGUGUUUUUGAAUAGUGUUGUUGAAUGGCUUGAUGAAUGGCAGCGGCAGAAUCUUGACUCUGGCAGAUUAACACGGGAGACCCAUCAAGCUUUUCGUCUCACUUGCUAUGCACUGACAGAAGUCUCAAGGUACUGCCUUGAAGAGCUCGGCUUCACAUAUGUUCUCCUUGGAAAAUUCCAGACAGACAGUCUCGAAGAGAGAUUUGGCCAAUAUAGAAGGUUAUCUGGAACACAGUAUCACAUAUCUGUGAGGCAGAUCUACGAGUCUGAAAACAAACUGAGACUGCAGAAGAUGAUGUCCUUGCCUUUAGAAGAAGAAAUGGGAGAAAUGUCAAACUCGCCAGCUGAUGAUGAUCAAGACUUUGAUAUUGAAAUCACAGAUGAAGACAUAGCAAGUAAAAGAGAUGUCAUGGCUGCUAUAACCUACGUAGCAGGCUAUUGCGCUCAUCCGACGUUAAAGAAGUUAACUUGCAAGCCAUGUGAAGAGAAUCUGGUCCUAACGCACCGAGAACUCGUAAUUGAAAGUUCAAUGAUUGAGAACCUGACGAGAGGAGGGUUGAAGUUCCCUCAACCAUUUGUGGUGAAUUCAGUCCUCUAUACCGAGCUUGUAGUAGAAAAACUGAUGUCUGAGAAACAUGCUGUGCGGUUUCAUGCAGCUAGGAACCAAAGACAAUUGGUGGUGAAUCUGACGCAAUCACUGCUGGAUUCCUUUGAGGACUUCGACUGCUGUGUGAAUGGCCACGCGCCAGGUCUGGUACUCCGCCAUAUUCUCUGUGCAGCAACAAAUACAGUGCUCAAGAACUACUGCAGCAAAAGGAAUGACAGGCCACUGCAGCAAAAGCCAGCGGGGAAGAACAGGAAGGCAGCAACACUGAAGCACACUUAG